AUGGCGAACAACUCACCCGAAGAUGGCCAUGCCACGACUGAUUCAGAACAAGAAAAUCUGAACACAGGAAACAAUGAGGCGGACAUGACCUUCCACCAGGAAGCGAAUGACCAACACAAAGAGGGUACCUCUGGGGUAAAAAACCCAAAAGUAAACUCUUUCGAAGGACGUGAAUCAGGAAAGGAAGGACCGCCCCAUGCAGCUGAACUAAUGGGAUUGGUCCACGACCACCAAGAAUGUUUGGAGCAGCUAGAACAGGAAUUAGAACGACAACGAGAGGCGGAGAGGAACCUAAGGGAAGAGAUAGAGCGACGAAAAGAGACGAUGGAUCCAAAGCAUCAUCUGAACAACAUCAAAAGUCGGAUGUACCUGGCCGACGCUUCUGAUGCCACUCGCUGCAAAGCUUUUCUGACCGCCUUGUCGAAAGCAGCAAUGAAGUGGUUCGACAGCCUCCCCCCAAGAUCGGUCACGAGCUUCGACGACCUCUCGCAGAAAUUUCUGAUGCGGUUCUCCAUUCAAAAAGACAAGGUUAAACACGCACCGAGCCUCCUGGGUGUGAAACAAGAGGACAGAGAACCUUUAAGAAACUACAUGGAAAUGUUCAAUAAAGCGUGCUUGGAAAUUCAAGACAUGCCCACGGAGGCAGUAAUCAUGAGCCUAGUAAAUGGACUCGGGAAAGGCUCCUUCUCCCAGUCCAUAUCAAAAAGGCACCCUACAUCCUUAAAUGACGUACAGGAAAGAGUUGAAAAGUAUAUCAACAUAGAGGAAAACGCUAGACUACAAGAACCGAGUUGGCGGCUUGGCCACUCUCACCUGGCAAAAGAGAAAGAGAGAGAGCCCAAGAAGAAAGAGGAGAUCGGCGUAGAAAAGCCGAGGAGAUAUCACUCCAAUACUCCUCUGAAAGUUUUCCUAGUCGACGUGUAUAGAAAAAUUCGCCAUACAGAAAGGCUUCCACCCCUAGGCCCAUCAAGAACAAAAAAGGGGGGAGUCAUGGCGACUACUGCGAAUACCAUAAAAUGUAUGGCCAUCCUAUAA